GUGUAUGGUGAGAAGGGUGGCUUUUAUACGAUCUCCUACCAAUUUCUAAGAUCAAUUGCUUGAAGAGCAAAAUACCCGAAAAUGUCGUCCGAGAAAGCAACUUAUUCAGGGGAAAAGACCUUGACUAUGCUAGGAUGUGGAAACUUGGGUCUCGCUGUCUUAACGGGCAUUUUAAUGUCCAUCUCAGAACCUUCAGAGUCAGAAGAAAAACUAUCUUUCCAAACACCCACCAAAUUUAUUGCCUGUAUCAGAUCGGAGCGGACCGCAGCACGUAUCCGAAGUGCCGUGGAGCCAUAUCCCAAAUUUCCUGUCAAAAUCUUGCAAAAUGAUAAUGUAACAGGCGUCAAAGAAGCCGAUAUUGUUAUCCUCGGCUGCAAACCAUAUAUGCUCAAAGACGUGUUGGAUGUUCCAGGCAUGCGUGAGGCAUUAAAGGGCAAACUAUUGAUCAGUGUCCUGGCCGGUGUCUCCUCUCAGCAGAUUGAAGAUACUCUUUACUCCGAGGGGCCUCAACCAGCUUCAGAAAGAUGUACCGUCGUGCGUGCUAUGCCCAAUACUGCGGCCAUGGUCCGAGAAGCAAUGACGACAAUCAGCAUCCCUAGCCCUGCUCUGCCGAAGGAAUGGGAUGACUUGGUUUCCUGGAUCUUCACGCGUAUUGGCAAGAUUGUACAUCUCCCACCCUCCCAGAUGGAUGUAUGUACUGCUUUGGCCGGAUCUGGACCGGCUUUUGUAGCGUUGAUGAUUGAAGGGUUGGCCGAUGGUGCUGUUGCUAUGGGUUUGCCGCGUGCUGAGGCUCAACUUAUGGCCUGUCAGGUCUUGAAGGGAACGGUUAGCAUGAUUGAGAGUGGGGAGCAUCCAUCAAUUGUUAAGGAAAAGAUCUCCUCGCCGGGUGGAUGUACAAUUGGCGGAUUACUUGUUUUGGAGGAUGCUGGCGUGAGAGGUACUGUGGCGCGUGCUGUGAGAGAAGCAACUUGUGUCGCUAGUGAGCUUGGUCAGGGUACUCAACUAGUCAAUGGAACUAGACGGUGAUUUACUCUAAGCGUCCAUAUAGAAGCCGAACUAAAAAGGGCAAUGAAUUAUAUGAGAAAUUUGCGCAUAAUG